AUGUCGAAGCGCAUCGCUCUCGCCCUCUCCAACCUCUUGAUACCCAUCGCGGCACUCGUCUUCGCAACAGGCUUCUUCCCUUACAAGCCAUUUCUGUCUGGUCUGGCCACCUUUGAGGAAGUCGAGAAUGAAGAGCUGGGACUCGGGUUGCUCAAAGGCAAUGAGCGGCCACAGAGGAUUUUUGACAAGGUCAUCUUCAUGACCGUGGACGCGUUGAGGAGUGACUUUGUCUAUGGCCAUGGAUCGGGCUUCACCUUUACACAAGAUCUCAUUCGCUCGGGCGCCGCGCUGCCCUUCACAGCACAUGCCACUCCACCGACCAUCACCAUGCCUAGAGUCAAGGCCUUGACCACCGGUUCUGUGCCUUCAUUCCUCGAUGUUAUUCUCAACUUCGCCGAAAGUGACACGACCUCAUCUCUGGCUUCUCAGGAUACAUGGCUCGCUCAAGCCAAGGCAAAUCUCGACAACGGCAACCUCGUCUUCUACGGUGACGACACCUGGUUGAAGCUCUUUCCAGAUUUCUUUGCCCGACACGAUGGCACCAGCUCCUUCUUUGUCUCUGACUUCACCGAGGUCGACAACAACGUUACGCGACAUGUCCCGAGAGAGCUGGAACAACCUGACUGGGAUGCCAUGAUUAUGCAUUAUCUUGGUCUGGAUCACAUUGGUCACAAAGCCGGUCCCUUGAGCCCAAAUAUGCUCCCGAAGCAGAAAGAGAUGGAUGCUAUUGUCAAGAAGAUAUACGAAGCUAUGGAGCUCAACAGCCACCUCGAUGACACCUUGCUCGUUGUAGCCGGCGACCACGGCAUGAACUCCGGUGGUAAUCACGGAGGGUCUGCUCCUGGCGAGACUGAGCCUGCUCUCGUCUUCAUCUCACCAAAGUUCGUGGAUUUGGAGAAGCCAGCAUAUGCAGCUCCUACCGAUCCGAAAGAAGGUACCGAGUUUGAAUUCUACCGCAAGGUCGCUCAAAAUGAUGUCGUUCCCACACUUUCCGCCCUUUUGGGCAUCCCAAUCCCUCGCAACAACCUUGGUAUCAUUCUGCCCGAGUUUCUUGGCUUCUGGAAGACGAAGACUAGUAGCACGGGCUUGAAUGCUGCGGCCGAAUUGCUCUACAGGAAUGCUCUUCAAAUGCUGGGCAUCAUCAAGGCCAAAUUCGGUGACUCCGAAGCCUGGAGAUACGAUCCGAAAAUUGAGGGUUCGGUCCAAAUGGACUGUCAAGGUUUUGAGGAAGACGAGCAAAGACUAAAGUGCCGCUGGUUCUUGGUCAGAGACGCACUGUCAGCACAGCAUGAACGCCCUUUGCGACUUGAACUAACACCUUUACAGUUCCUGAACGAUGCCCAAGAUGUCCUAAGUACUACUGCGAGUAGUUACAAGGUUGAACUCUUGGCCAAGGGUGCCGCUAUCGCCGGUGUCUCCCUCAUACUGGCUGUCAACUCUAGGCAGAGUAAUUGGCCAUUUACUCCUGCUGGUUUGGGGUUUGUCCUGAUAACCACCUUCUACGGCAUAAUGAUGUUUGCCACCAGCUAUGUCGAGGAGGAGCAGCACUUCUGGUACUGGGCUACCGCAGCAUGGAUGGCUUAUCUCUACGCCGCAAAGACCAAAGUCAUUGGACUCCAAACAUCGGUAGUCUUCUCCACCUUCGUCCUUCUUGCACUCCACCGUCUAUCGACACGUUGGAACCAAACUGGACAGAAGCAUGCCGGUGAUCCUGAUGUCGCUCACACCUUCUUCCCCGAUCACUUCAUCAUUCUUUGGGUACUGAUCGUUACGGCAUACAUUCAUCUAGCUUUCCGCAUUGGUCGACGUACUUUCGCCGAUAUUUUGGCUCCCGAGUUCGCAACCAUUUCUGCUAUUUCUCUGGUCUUGCCUUCUUUUGUGUUCAAGCUCAAUUUUACUCAGGCCGAUGCGCCAGAACUGGUUGGUGGUCUCGCCGAGACUAUCAGAGAGUGGACCUCCGAGUUGGAUCUAGUCACCCAAGCCAGAGCUUCCUUUGUGGGACUGGCUAUCGCCACUACUGUCGUCCUUGUCAUGGUCGUUCUGGGGUAUGGACGUCAUGAUGAAGCAACGAAGAAGAAGGGCGCGAACAUGUUCACAGAAUCUCGUCUCCCAUCUCGCCUCCACGAUCUUUUGACACUUUUCAUCAUCACCCAAACACGCGCUCAGAACAUCCCACUCUUUAUGUUCUUUGAUUUGCAGUCUCAAAUUCUGUUCCACCUACUCUCACGCCCAACCACACCCCUCGCCGCCAAUUCUCACGCGUACACGAGGCCUCUUGCGAUCCUUCCCACCACUGUUUCAGUCCUUCUCAUGGCACAUACAUCCUUCUUCGCUCUUGGCAACUCCAACGCCAUCUCCAGCAUUGAUCUUAGCAAUGCAUACAACGGUGUCAGCGGGUACAACAUUGUUGCCGUUGGUGUCCUUCUCUUUGCAUCCAACUGGGCAGGCCCGGUAUACUGGACUGUGGCCGCUUCUUUUACCUCCGCGCCUAUCCGCCAGAGUCAGGACGAGAGCAUUUGGCAUGAACACAUCAGUAUCAUGACGAUCUUCAUCUCUGCAAGCUUAGUGGCUGUGAUGGUGGCCUGUACAGUGCUGAGAACGCAUUUGUUUAUCUGGACAGUGUUCAGUCCAAAGUAUCUUUACGCCAUGGCUUGGGCUGUUGGGUGGCAUCUGGUUGUGAACAUCGGAUUGGGGGGACUUUUCUGGAUUGUUAGAUAA